AUGGAGACAACUCAUAGAGAUACACGCACUAUAGGAGUGGACACCAAAAAUUUGAUAGCUCAAAGUCUUCUUCAACAAAGCUAUUCAGGUCAUCUACGACAUGGAGCUCUUAUAAAAGCUGCCCAACAGUUUGAAGUAUGCAAAAAGACAGUUUACAGAAUCUGGGCAGAAGAAAAAGAGCAGAUGGAGCGUGGAGUACUUGUAAAUGUGCGAGAUCGUGUUAGAGGAUACAAGCACAAAGAUAAAAUGCAGCUUCAUGAUAACAAGGUAAGACAACUAUCUAUGCUUGAAAGAUCUACCAUACGUAAGAUGGCUCGCAAACUUGAAAUUAGCAAGAGUACAUUAGGAAGGAUGAAGAAGGAGGGUCCGAUCAGACCACACACAAGUGCAGUUAAGCCAAUACUUACUGAUUUGAACAAAUUAGCACGGUUCAGAUGGAGUUUCAGCCAGAUUCAACCAAUCAGAAUCGAUGGUAAGCUUAAAUACAACACAAUGCACAAUGUAGUGCAUAUUGAUGAGAAAUGGUUUUACAUGACUAAGAUUUCAGAUAGAUACUACCUGCUGCCAGAUGAGGAUGAGCCAUAUAGAUCAUGCAUAUUUCCUUUCACAACUACGGAACCAGCAAAGAGGAAUUCAAAGAACAGAGCAAAAGGAACCAUGGAGACCGAGCAAAAGGGGGUGGCUGGAGGCACGUCGAUAGGGGUUUCAGGGAUGAAAGAAUCGAAGAGUGUUUCAGGGAAGAAUGAGUCGAAGAGUGUUUCAGGGAUGAAUGAAUCGAAGAGUGUUUCAGGGAAGAAUGAGUCGAAGAGUGUUUCAGGGACGAAGUAG